CGUGCCCCGAUUUCCUGUGACCUCGCCCCGCCUUCCCUCUUCCUCUCGGCUCCAUAUUGAGGCUGAAGGAGGCAAAACUCAGUCACAAAAUGGAGGUUAAAAGGAGCAACUGAGUCAGAACACUCUCUCAAAAUGGCGUGUAAAGAGGAGAGAGAGGCUGAAGAUUACAAGAGGAGGGGAAGAAGAUCUUCACAGGGCCAGGAUCCUAAGGAACCAGAACAAUUAAGGAAGCUGUUUAUUGGUGGCCUAAGCUUUGAAACUACCGAUGAUAGUUUAAGGGAACACUUCGAAACAUGGGGCACACUCACCGACUGUGUGGUAAUGAGAGACCCACAGACAAAACGUUCCCGCGGGUUUGGUUUCGUGACCUAUUCUUGCGUGGAGGAGGUAGAUGCUGCGAUGGCAGCUCGGCCGCAUAAGGUUGAUGGACGUGUAGUGGAACCAAAGAGAGCCGUUUCCAGAGAAGAUUCUGUGAAACCUGGUGCCCACUUAACCGUGAAGAAGAUAUUUGUGGGGGGGAUUAAGGAAGACACGGAAGAAUAUAAUUUAAGAGACUAUUUUGAAAAAUAUGGCAAGAUCGAAACCAUAGAAGUAAUGGAAGACAGGCAGAGUGGAAAGAAGAGAGGCUUUGCUUUUGUGACGUUUGAUGAUCAUGACACAGUUGACAAAAUUGUUGUUCAGAAAUACCACACUAUAAACGGACAUAACUGUGAAGUGAAAAAAGCCCUCUCCAAGCAAGAAAUGCAGACUGCUACCGCUCAGAGAAAUCGUGGAAGCAGUUCAGGCAGCUUCAUGGGCCGUGGAAACUUUGGAGGCAGUAGUGGAGGUUUUGGUGGUAGAGGUGGAAGCUUUGGCAGCAGAGGAGGCUACGGUGGUGGAGGUGGUAGCAGUGGUGGCAGUGGCAGCAGAGGAAGUUACGGGAGUGGCGAUGGAUACAACGGCUUUGGUGAUGAUAUGUCCCAAGGUGGCGGAAACUAUGGUGGUGGUCCUGGAUAUGGUGGCAGAGGAGGCUAUGGUGGGAGCCCAAGCUAUGGAAGCCCAAGCACUGGAUAUGGCGGGGGAGGUGGCAGCUAUGAUGGUUACAAUGAAGGAGGAAACUUCAGUGGCAACUACGGUGGCAGUGGAAACUAUAAUGACUUUGGCAAUUACAGUGGGCAGCAGCCAUCGAACUAUGGGCCCAUGAAAGGGGGUGGCAGUUUUGGUGGCCGAAGCUCAGGCAGUCCCUAUGGCGGUGGAUAUGGAUCUGGAGGAGGAAGCGGUGGCUAUGGUGGAAGAAGGUUCUAAAAUAUGUAGCAGAUAUGAGGGGCUACAGUUCUUAGCAGGAGAGAGCGAGGAGUUGUCAGGAAAGCUGCAGGUUACUUUGAGACAGUCGUCCCAAAUGCAUUAGAGGAGCUGUAAAAUCUGCCACAGAAGGAGCGAUGAACCAUAGUCAGAAAAGUUACUGCAGCUUAAACAGAAAACCCUUCUUAAAGACUGUCAUAGCCACAGUUUGCAAAAGGAGUGCAGCUAUCGAUUUAAUGCAUUGUAGUGUUUAGAUGUACAUUCCUGACUUCUUUUUUUAAAUUUGUCAUUGUAGCUUUUGUCUUUUCCUUUAUAAAAUCAGGUAUAUUGCCCUGUAAAUUUGUGGUAGUGGUACCAGAAAUUAAAAAAUAAUUAAGGAACUUUUAAUUUUUCAAUUCUUGUGUAGUUCAGUUUUUUUUUUCUUAAACUUCUUUAAAUAAAGAAAUGUAGUUUUAGGGUAUAUUCUUGCUAGGAAAAAAAAUCAGUGCAUUAUAAUCUUGUAUUAGUUUAAAACUUGUGAAACUGCUGAAUCGUUUAAGAACUUUUAGUUUUACCGCAUAUGUAGCCAUACGAAAUGAGUUGCACAUGCAAAGGGAGGGGAGAGAUGUUUGCAUUAAAGCUUGUCUAGCCGUAUAACUAGGACUGAGUCAUUUAAAGUAGUGCUUGUGAAUGAUAAAAAAAAAAAGCUUUAUUUUCAAAAGAAAAUUCCAGGUAUUUCUGACUUGUGCUUAUAAUUUGUAGCUUUUGUCUCUUAGUUUAAGCCUUCUAAGUAAAUUAGUAUGAAAGUUCUUUUAAGCUUUAUUCAGUUUGCCUCUCGUUUUUGUCGAUAUAUGCAGAAGGUGCAUCAGCCCUUAAACGCCGGCAGAAUAGGCCUCUGCCUUUUAUUGCUGUCGGGGCUUAA